UUCUUCUGCAAACCCAGAUCUGGAGUGGACGCUCGAUAAACAAAAUUUUCUGUAAGGACCAAAUUGCGGUUCUCUUCUGUAGGGCUGACUCAGCGAAGCUCUGUUUGUUCUGCGACCAGCAUGUGCACUCCGCGAACCUGCUUUCGCGGAAGCACUUGCGGUCUCAGAUCUGCGAUAACUGCGGUUCUGAGCCGGUUGCGCUGUUCUGUGUCUUCCGCGCAUGAGCGGACUCCGGUUGAGGGGUUCUCCGGAUGUCCUUCGGUUUUGGAGCUAGCUUUUGCCUGGGGGUUUGAUUUGGAGGAGAUGAUUGUUCCGUACCAGAAUGUGAGCUGUGGAGAGAUAGUUAAGAAACGGAGCCCGAGCUGCGGAAAGUACAAACAGGCUAUAUACAACCAGCUGGUGGAAUUGAUGAAGACGGGUUUUAUCGGAGGCGAUGGAGGCUAUAUACAAACAGGCUAUAUACAACAAGAUUCGGAGUUUGUAGAGCAAAAUCUAAUCCUUGAUUCUUGUGUUGUAGAUGGAUCUGGGUUUGAUAGAGGAAGACCCAGAUCUGGGUUUGAUAGAGGAAGACCCAGAUCUGGGUUUGAUAGAGGAAGACCCAGAUCUGGGUUUGCAAAAGUGAAAAGGAAAGGACUUCCAGUGACGAAGAAGAAGGCACAAGCUUUGGGUCUUUCCCUGGGUUUUCUCGAACAGCGAUUCGACAAAAUAGCAUCAUCGGAAAGGACUUUUGACGACGAAGAAGAAGGCACGAGCUCUGGGUCUUUCUUUGGGUUUUCUCCAACAAUGAUUCGACAAAAUAGCAUCAUCGGAAAGGACUUCUAGCGAUGAAGAAGAAGGCACGAGCUUUGGUACAAGAUUCGGAGUUUGCAGAGUAUAAUCUAAGGACUUCCUCCUUGAUUCGGGCGUUGCAAACAGAUCUGGGUUUAUCGAGCGUCCACUCCAGAUCUGGGUUUGCAGAAGAAAGGGAAAGGAAAGGUGAAGGAGAGAGAGUGAAAGGGGAAGAAGAAAAAUUUUUUUUUCUG